CGUUCCAAUGUAGCCUUUGCGGUGCGCACUCGUCGUGAUUAAUAGCACAUGAUAUAAAUAUCCAUGAUGUCAUGCUGCACUCUUAAUUGUGAUUGGUUGAUAUCACCCACGUCACCCUGUUAGUGCGAAACACCACUGUUUUGGCUUGUUUACAGACAGGCUUAGAGCCAUAGACUAAAAAUUAGUGGCAUACGCUUGAAGUGGCAAUUCUUCACUUCUGAGGUAUUUUGAAGUCACCUUCCAACAUGUCAAAGGUACAGAAGGUUGUCGUUCUUGCAUUAAUCGUGGUUGGGAUUUUGACCACCGCAACGGUGAGCGACAGUCCCACCUAUAAGAAGGGAGCUCAACCAGUCUACCAGCAGCAAAUUAUUAUCAACUCGCCGGAUGAGCUCUCAUACCCAGGGGCCGUGUGUAACUACUCCACAAUCCGAGAAGUUGUUGUCGAUGAACUGCAGAACACGAGUCGCCGGCUAGCUCAGCUAGAAGUAAACAUCGCUAGUGAAGUACACGCCUUGUCGUCAGAGUUGAGUGAUGUCAAACUGCAGCUGGACCAGAUUACGGAAGCAGUCAGAGAGCUUGCUGAACUCCUGAGGAGUACGCCAGACACCACUGCUGCACCUCCCACACCCUUCAAAGACUGCUCUGAAGCCUUUGCAAACGGGGUGACUACCAGCGGUGUGUAUACGAUUCAACCUGAUGAUGAUGGGAGUCCAUUCAGAGUGUACUGCGACAUGGAGACAGACGGUGGUGGAUGGACGGUGUUCCAGCGGCGUCAAGACGGCUCUGUUGAUUUCUACCUUGACUGGGAGAGUUACCGCCAGGGUUUCGGUAGUCUAAACGGUGAGUUCUGGCUCGGCAAUGACUACCUGCAUCGACUCACUGCUCAGGGCGCGUACCAACUGCGCGUCGAUCUCGAGGAUUUCGAAAACAACACUGCAUAUGCUGUGUAUGACACAUUUCGUGUUGAUGAUGGGCUGGACAACUACCGGUUGACAUUGGGGGCCUACUCAGGAACGGCUGGUAACUCAUUUUCUCGCCACUCGAACUACCCCUUUUCCACCAAAGACCGUAACAACGAAUCCAAUUCUUACAACUGUGCCGUACAGUACACCGGAGCCUGGUGGUACUGCUCGUGUCACGACACAAAUCUGAACGGCCUGUACCUUCGUGGGCAGACAGAUCAGUAUGCCAAAGGUGUCGUCUGGCAACAUUGGAAAGGGGAUUACUACUCGCUGAAACGUACCGAGAUGAAAAUUAAGCUAACAACUCGUUAGCUCCAUGGAAUUAGUUCUCAUUAGUUCAUGUCGGAACUAGAAGAUGGUAGGUUUGCAGAAGCACAAUGUGAAAAAUUCCUUUUUUGAGAAUGUGUGGUUCUAAAAAGAACCGGAGGUGCUCAACAUUUUGGACACUGUGCUCAGUCCAUCGUCAACAGAUUCUCUAUUUCGUUCUACCAGCAUUUUUUUGCUUAUUUGAUGAACACAUUUUGAAAAGAAUGAUCCCUUACAAUGUACCUUAUUCGUGUGAUCGGGUUCAUCAGCGUGGAGGCCAUCCCUCCACUUCCGCGCACCCUUUGCCGUCUUGUAAAAGCAUUAUCCAUCUUUUGUCACAGUUGAUGCCGAUAAAAUGUAUAUUUCUUUUUAUUUCUCACCAUUUCUUAUUUUCUGGUAAUUCAUCUCGUUAUUUCUAAUUUAGGCCGUGUCCGAAACGUGCUUCAAAAGCUGUGGUGUGGCUAGGUCUAAAAUUGUCAACGCAUCUCCGCACAUUUUCCAAUUGAGGGAAGACCUAGACCUAACUCUAGACAACAGAUUCGGAUGCAGCCCUAUCUUUCAUUUUCAAAUGUGGUCACGGAUCAAAUACGUAUAUUUACAUAUGUGACUUAUAUAACAGCGAGAUAUCCAAGCGACCCAAAAUCCUGUCUGACUGCAAUUAUGGUCGAUUGUAUUGAUGUAAGCAUGAGUAUUGGACUUUUUAUGACGGUUCUUCCGUAUUCAUGCAACUCUGUUUUAAUGUGCAUUGUGGGAAAUCGAAUAUAAACAAAAGAACAGUGGCAUGGAGUACCUAAUUCCUUGAGAUUCGAACGCAGUGACAGGACAGCACUUAAGCUCUUGUUUUAAUCUGUUGUACCUGUAUUGUGCCUUUGAUUGCUUUUAUGAUUGUUUUUACUGUUAACGUGGCCGCGGUAACUUAAUGGGUUUUCUUAUAUUGUACUUUUGUUUAAACAUUGUCAGGAUUUUUUAAAUUCAUUUUGACACAGUUUGUGAUUUUGAUGGAUUUUAAGAUGAUUUCUUGAUCGAUAGACGGGUUGAAAGACCGAAAAUGUGAUAUGAUAUUCACGUGUUACCGCUACAGAUAGGUUUUUGCUUGCUGGGUGUAAAGAAAUUCGUAAAAAAAAACCCGAAAAAACCCCAAAGAACCUUUCAAUCAAAUUCUGGUUUCAGCAUGUCUCUGUUGCCAAUUCUUCUCGUGGAUGAAACGUAUCUCAGUUAUGGUGAUAAAAGAAAAAAUAGUUACUGAAUAAAAAGAGCUCAGGGUUUUUCAUUCAAAUUAAAUGUUACAGAUGAAAAAUCACGGUUAGAGCCGCUGCCACUCCCAAUCGAUAUUCAAACCGUUCUCCUAAUUCAAGUGAGAAGUUUAUCGAUGUGAUUUGCUUUAGGAAUACAAAUUUUGACUGGCUAAUGUUUUUUCCGUGUGUUGGUCAUUGGCGUAGAGAUCUUUAUCGGAAUUCCAAAGGGAAUAUUUUCUGGAAUCCUGCUUCAGAAGAAAAGUUGAUCAAGUACAAUUAAUUCACAACUAUAACUUAAUUAAACAUGGAAAUUUAAUUGUGUUUGAACGAAUGGGGGUAUACUUGUUUUCUAUUCACCAGUCUACUUGAUAGCAAAACCUCGUCAAAUUUUGAUCAAAGUUGACGCCUUGUGAGGGUUCUUCUCAUUUUUUUUCAAACAUUUCGAUCUGUCAGCAGAAAAUUAAAAAUUACAUUGCUCUCGUACAUGGCUAAACUUCCACGCCGCACGAUGGACCGACAGUAUCCCUGCCCCUGCUUGUUUUGUUUGCAGAUAAUUGAUUUAUACUAACCCCAAGAGUCUUCACUUCACAAUCGUCUGGCUUUGUUGAAUGCGAUAAUGUUGUAGAAUGGUAGUUUGGAAUAAAUAUUGUUUAGAGGUUUUUUUCGUUCAUACA